UUCACAUGUUUUGGUCCAUGGCCGGAGGCGGUUCUUAUUGGGUGGCUGUUUUGGUCGGUUUUUUCGUGCUUGUGGUGUUGAACCAUUUCUUGCCUUUGCUCUUCAAGGCUGGGAUCGUCCCCAAGGGUGCUUUUGGAUGGCCUUUACUGGGUGAAACACUUGGUUUCUUGAAGCCUCACUCUUCUAACUCUGUGGGGGCAUUUCUUCAAGAUCAUUGUUCUAGAUAUGGGAAAGUGUUCAAAUCUCACUUGUUCUUCAGUCCCACAGUGGUAUCAUGUGACCCGGAGUUGAACUAUUUCAUACUUCAAAACGAAGGAAAGCUGUUCGAGUGCAGUUAUCCGAAGCCAAUCCAUGGCAUCCUGGACAAAGUUUCAAUGCUUGUGGCAGUGGGAGACACUCACAGGAGGCUCAGAAAAGCAGCACUGUCUCUAGUCACCAUCACCAAAUCAAAGCCUGAGUUUAUCAAUGACAUUGAAAGGAUAUCCCUGCAAAUACUGGACUCAUGGAGAAAUAAACCCAAAGUCAUCUUCUGUGAAGAGGCUAGAAAGUUCACAUUCAAUGUAAUAGUAAAGCAAGUGUUAGGGUUGACACCACAGGAGCCAGAGACUUCAAAAAUUCUGCAAGAUUUUCUCACUUUCAUGAAAGGGCUUAUUUCUCUCCCUCUUUAUAUUCCUGGAACCCCAUAUGCAAGAGCUGUUAAGGCUAGAAGCAGAAUAUCUUCUACUGUCAAAGCAAUUAUAGAGAAAAGAAGAAGAAGCAGAAGAAAUAAUGAUGAUGGGAAUUCUAAGAAAAGUAGUGAUUUCCUUGAAAUCCUUUUAUCUGUUGAUACCUUUUCCGAAGAUGAAAAAGUGAGUUUUGUUUUGGAUUCUUUAUUGGGUGGCUAUGAAACUACUUCCCUUUUGAUGUCCAUGGUGGUUCAUUUCUUAAGCCACACCCCAGCUGCAUUACAACAGUUAAAGCAAGAGCAUCAUAACAUUAGGAGCAUGAAGCAGAAACAUGAUCAUUUGGACUGGGAGGACUAUAAGAAAAUGAAUUUCACUCAAAAGGUCAUCAAUGAAGCUCUGAGAUAUGGCAACAUUGUCAAAUUCGUUCACCGAAAGGCUCUCAAGGAUGUCAAAUAUAAAGGUUACCUCAUUCCAUCAGGAUGGAAGGUCCUAACUGUUUUCACUGCUGUUCAUUUAGACCCAUCUCUCCAUGCAAAUGCUCUCCAGUUCCAUCCAUGGCGAUGGAAGAGUCAGGAUCCCACAUGCAAGAAAUUUACACCCUUUGGAGGUGGGUCAAGAUGCUGUCCUGGAUCUGACCUAGCCAAGGUGGAGGUUGCUUUCUUCCUCCACCACCUAGUCCAAAACUUCAGGUGGAAAACAGAUGAUGAGGAUCAACCUAUAGCUUAUCCGUAUGUUGAAUUUCAAAGGGGAUUGGUUCUGAAUAUCGAUCCGUGUUCGGAAACUACCAUGUAGGGUCGAGAAUGAAGGCUGAGGAAUCACACUGUUUUAUGUUUUUAAUCCUUCACUCUUUUAAACUGCUGUUAUUUUUAUGGGGCAAAAGGGCUGCUGCUAUCAUUCAAAGCCUUUGAAUGCCUGGUAAAUUUUAUAUAAAGUUGUACCAUAUGUUAUAUAUGUAGUGGUUUUCAUCACUUUGCCAACUUUUUCAUAUAUAUAUAUAUAUAUAUAUAGUAAUCAAAUUAUCCUAAAACUCUUU